ACCGCCCAAAAGCCCGCCUCCAUUCACUUGCCACCUCUCUUUUUGCCUUUCGGAGGUGCGCGAGAGCCGCGUGAAGUGUAAACCUCCGGCCACGGCUGCCGGCUCUCUGUUUUCUUCCUAUCGGGCCGGUAAAACGCUGGGCGCCUUCUAAGUGAUGGUCUACGACCCCCGCCCUUUCCUUAAUUCCGUGAGGGAUGCUCUCGGCUCGUUGGAAUCCGGCCUCCGGCGUGCCUCCAAGGAUCUCGAGUUCGAUUCCGGAGACAAGAAACGGACCCCGGAGGCCGAUGAAACGAGGAGACCGUGGUCCUUAUCAGUCACGAAUCCGAUAAAAUCCUUUCCUGGAGACUUCGAUCUCGAGCCAUCGGAUAAGAAGAAGGCGAUGGAUGGGCAAUGCGAAAAUUACUUGCAACUCGGGGCUGCCUGGUCCUUGUUGGUCCAUGGCUUCGUCCAGGCCAUUCCGGCCCCCUUCAAGUCUUCCAACAAGCGUUCCGAGAAGCACCACGGUCAGGAGGUAGCAGGCAUGCCCCCCGAAUCCCCCUCUCUAGUUCUUGAAUUGAAAGGAUCGCAGCAAAAGGGAGAUAAGUGUCCGAUUGUUGUGGCUUCCAAGAAAGAAGAUUUCUUGUCGAUGGAACUGCUUUGCGGCUAUGUGGUUGAUAAUCUCGCACGAAACCUUCCGAUGUUCGAUCAAAUGUGCAAGAAAAUCAAUACAAACUGCUGUCAUGAAUCGCUGGUUUCCAGUCGUAGUGAUCCUUCUAGAUUUGAUCAUCUGGAGUUCCUUAGGUGUUUUAAAGGGAAGAAAGCAGAUGUGGAUCUUUUCCUUGCAAAUAUAGGGAUUGCCAGGGUAGGAGGAGGUGCUUUGGUGGGUGUAGCUUCUGCAAAGGACGAGUGCGAGUUCCAAGCCUCCAAUGGCAGUAGGAAAGGGCCAGGUAGUAUUUCACCACAGAAGCUCGCAAGUGGGUUCUUAAACAUACCGUUGUCAAAUGUCGAGCAGUUGCGAUCCACACUUUCAGCUGUUUCCUUUACAGAGCUGGUUGAGUUAAUCCCACAGUUGAGACGGUCCUCGAAAGAGCAUCCUGAUAAGAAGAAACUAUUCUCUGUUCAGGAUUUCUUCCGUUAUACAGAAGCAGAAGGAAGGCGAUUUUUUGAGGAGCUGGAUAGUGAUGGAGAUGGCCAGGUAACACUUGAAGACCUUGAAAUUGCUAUGAAGAAGAGAAGACUACCAAGGAAGUAUGCUCGAGAAUUUUUGUGCCGCGCUAGAAAACAUUUAUUUUCAAAAUCAAUUGGGUGGAAACAAUUUUUAUCCUUGAUGGAGCAGAAGGAGCCAACUAUGCUUCGAGCUUAUACAACUCUGUGUUUGAGCAAGUCUGGAACACUUCAAAGACAUCAGAUCUUGGCAUCACUGAAAAAUGCUGGCCUUCCUGCAAAUGAAGAUAAUGCUAUUGCUAUGAUGCGUUAUCUGAAUGCAGAUGCUAGAGGAUCUAUUUCUUAUAGCCAUUUUCGGAAUUUCAUGCUGCUUCUUCCUUCUGAGCGCCUUGAAGAUGAUCCUCGGAAUAUCUGGUUUGAAGCAGCCACAGUUGUUUCUGUUUCUCCACCUGUGGAAAUAGCUGCAGGGGGUGUUCUCAAAUCUGCAUUGGCGGGAGGCCUUGCAUGUGCACUUUCUACUUCUGUGAUGCAUCCUCUUGAUACAAUGAAGACACGUGUGCAAGCAUCGACAUUGUCAUUCCCAGAAGUAGUGUCAAAACUUCCACAAAUUGGGCUUCAGGGUUUGUACAGGGGUUCCAUCCCAGCAAUUCUGGGACAAUUUUCAAGCCAUGGAUUGCGGACUGGUAUAUUUGAAGCAAGCAAGCUUGUAUUGACAAAUAUUUCCCCUACACUUCCAGAGAUUCAGGUUCAAUCUUUGGCAUCCUUCUGCAGUACAGUCCUGGGAACAGCGGUACGGAUUCCAUGCGAGGUACUAAAGCAGCGACUACAAGCAGGCAUCUUUGACAGCAUGGGAGAGGCAAUUGUGGGUACUAUGCACCGAGAUGGUAUCCAAGGUUUCUUUCGUGGCACUGGUGCCACACUUUGUCGAGAAGUUCCCUUCUAUGUUGCUGGCAUGAGUCUCUAUGCAGAAGGGAAAAAGGUAGCUUCAUGUCUGGAUAAUGGUAGGAUGCAAUCCCUUGAUAUACUAGAAGGAUUAGUGGUGAUCCGGUUCUCAUUAGACUUCCUGGACCCUAAUGGAAAAGAUAGAAGAUUGCAGAGAACUGGAGCUUAAUGGAAAAGAUAGAUUAUACCAAACAACCAGAAAGUCUUUCACCUGUAUAUGUCAAUUUUAAGUUGCCUAUAUGCUUUUGACUUUAUAAUAAUUCCUCAUCCAUUCCUAUUAAGAACCACAUUACCUCCAUCUGCUGAUUUUUCUUAUGUCUCUCAUUUGUUCGCCCUUGGACAAAAUCUUAGUUGCUCUUCCUGCCCAAUACCUCUGGAUAUCUAUUUCAAAUGUCCAUGCUAACUCAUGUGAUUCUCAACUAUAAUAUCUUCAACAGCGAAUUUUUUGUGCUCCUCUAGAUGAAUUCAUUUCUGAUGCUAUUGUUCUCUCUUUUACCAACUCUACCGCUCAGGGGUAUCGACCCCUUUUUCUGCUCAAUAGAUUGAUCUAUACAACACUUGACACUUAUUGCGACUUUAGAAAGUUCAUCAGUCAAGUAUCUAAGGUAUGCAGCGAUCACCCACCCCAAAAGCACCUCUCUCAUGCACCUAUCUAAUGUAUGCAGUAAUCUAUGACAAGAGAGGUUUUAACGUAAGGGUAAUUCCUGGUUUCUUCUUUGCCUUAGACACACACCUUGCAUAAAAUUCUACAGUCAUGCAGCAAGAUUGUUAGUUCCAUCGUAACAUGUUAUUACAACCUUCAACAUUAUAGUAAGAAGUGAUGCUGAAAAUUAUAUUUAUAGUGAAUGCUUUGGAAGUUAGUAAACUGCAUGAUACAGCUUCAUAUAGGACCCAUUGUGUAAAUACAUUUUCAUUUCUUUCUUUCUUUCUUUUGACUUGAAGAAAAUAUCUGUAUGAAUAGUUAUCUGAUUUUUACUUGAAGGCUGUCCGGAACUUUCUUAGGAGGGAUCUGGAGCCUUGGGAGACCAUCACGGUGGGAGCAUUAUCUGGUGGGAUUGCUGCGGUUGUCACCACCCCUUUUGAUGUUAUGAAGACAAGAACGAUGACUGCUCCUCAGGGCUUGCCGGUUUCGAUGCAGAUGGUGGCCUUCACCAUUCUCGAUGAAGAAGGACUCCUUGGUCUUUUCAAGGGAGCUGUUCCCAGGUUCUUCUGGAUCGCACCACUUGGGGCAAUGAAUUUUGCUGGUUACGAACUAGCAAAGAAGGCAAUGGACAGGACUGAGCAUGCGGUCAGUGAACAGUUGUGUGAGAAGCGGUAGGCCAAUUCUGGCUAACCCUCUCACUGUAUUUAUGACAAAAUGGAGAGGUUGCAUCCAUGGUAGCUUCCCUUUGAGUACGUUAUUG